CCAAAAUCACGGCUUUUCACCGACUCUCAACUUCAGCCACCGUUCUCCAAGAACCCAUUUCUCCGAUAUUGUUUCCGGCAUGAAGGAAAUGGUUUACCUCCCUCUAGCUCUAACCGUAUUGUGUACUCUAUUAAUCUCCGGUGCAUUGCUGAACUUGUUUGUGGAAAUCGCGUUUUGUCCUGGAAUGCCGGUCGUCCGACUGAACUCGCUCUCUGUAUCGGGCAUCGCCGUCUCCGAUUUAACGCUGUCGGCGAGAUGGGAUGUGAACUUCACCGUAUACAACCCCAAUUUUGUUUCCGUGUUUUCCUUGGACGAAAUACAGAGCUUUGUAUUGUAUAGUGAAGAUACUGCACUUUCUGUGAUGGCGGCGGAAGGUUUCCGAUUGGGGUCGAGGGAAGAGAAGAGUUUCCGGCUGAAAUUCGGGACGGCGGGACGCGAAGAUUAUCAGCCGUUGGUGGAGUACACUGUUUUGACUAUAAAAAGUUAUUAUUUUGUAUAAACAUUAAAUUUAACAAUCUACUACACAAGACAGUAAUGCUAUAAAAAGUUAUUAUUUAG